GUAUUUUUUGCGGUGCCAAACGUGGUCACACUGGUCACUGAUAGUUAAAAAAAAAUAUAAGCGAACGCGAGCAAAACUUUGUGUAAAAGCAAUGAAAGUGUGACAAAGAAUCAAGUUUAUUUACAAAUCAAAAUACAAGAAAAUUUGCAUUUGCAUGCAUAUAUUACUUGGUGACUGUGAUUUUGGCCUCAAGGCAACUGUAACAAAACAAAAACAUAAACAAAUGUGAGCAAAGAAGUGAAGUCACAAGACGACGAAGACGACGCCAGCAGCACUUGAAGAAUUUGCCGUCGUCGCCCACCCAAAUAAUGGGUACAAAAGAAUCCAAGCAUGCUUGCAUCAGUUAUGAGGAUGCAGUCAAACGAGUUAGCGAUGCCGAGCUGAGACGCCUCAAAGAUGCCUUCAAGAAAUCAGCAGGCGUGGGUCGGCUCUACCUCAGUCGAAAUGCAUUCCAGCAGGAUGUGCUGUGCGAGGGAGUGCCGCCUAAGAUCACGGACAUGUUAUAUGCCGCCUGUGGUGGCACACAGCGCGGCAUUUCCUUCAAGGAUCUGCUCUGCGGCUUGGUGCUAAUCACAGGCGGCACUCAGGAGGAGAAAACCAAAUUUCUGUGGAAUUUGUACUGCAAUGAUGCGGGCACCUACAUCAUCAAGUCGGAGUAUGUGCGUAAUGUCAGUUUGGCGCCUUUCGAAAGCGUUUCGCUUUUUGCUCAGAGCGAACGCGCCAACUUUGAGCAGUUUCAGGACUGGAUAAUCAAGCAUCGUAAUGCCACAGUGUUGUCCAAUUGGCUGUUAGCCGACAACUGUGUCAGCCUCACAUCAGAGCUGGAGACGCCUACGUUUUACCAGAGCUUGGCGGGAGUAACGCAUCUUGAGGAGAAGGAUAUUGGCGACUUGGAAAAAGAGUUUUGGCGUUUGAAGAACACCUCGCAGAAUGGUCAAAUCGAUUUGCAGUUUCUGGGUCCGCUCAUCAGUCCGCCCAUACCAAAGAAUGCACUGGCAGGACUAUUCAAUGCCUUUGACGAGAAUCGCGAUGGCCACAUUGACUUUAAAGAGCUGUGCUGCGGUGUUAGCGCCGCUUGUCGAGGUCCUGGAGUGGAACGCACUCGCUUCUGCUUCAAGAUCUUUGAUGUCGAUCGCGAUGGUGUGUUGAACCACGAGGAGACGCUGCAGAUGAUCAAUGUGCUGCUGUUUGUGGCCAAAGAGAAUCGCGACACACAACAUAAGGAACUGACCAAGCAGCAUGUCAUCAGCGAUCUGCUGGAGUUCGCUCAGCGGCGCAGUCCAGAUGGCGUGCCCAGCACGCUUACCCGGGACAAUGUCUCACUGACUGCGGAGGAUUUCAUGCUGUGGAAUGUGCAGUGCGGCUUGAGGCUGAUGCAACCGUUGCUGGACCUCAUCUUUGAGCUCUGUCACAUUGUCUUUGGCCUGUGGCCGCAGUGCAAGCACAUGGAGUACGACAUUGUGCGCGGUUGGCUACAACGCGAGGAGCGACGUCCCUAUCGUGUGGGUCAGUUCUGGUAUCUAAUAUCACGCGACUGGUGGCUUAAUUGGAUGCAGUACACACAGCAUACGGCGCACACUUGCGAAUACUGCAAACGCUCGGCCAGUCAGCGGAGCGCCGUCGACGAGGCGCUCGUCUGUGAUGAGAGUUUCAAUACCCACAGUCUGGAGCAGCACGACAGCUACUCGCUGGGCUCGGCCUCCGGUAGCAGCGGCAUCUCCGCUGGUCGCCACUGUGGCCAACAGCGACCUGGUCCCAUCGAUAAUAGCAAUCUGAUCACCGUGAAUCAGCAUCGCAAUAUACGCACGCUCACCGGCGAGGGCGGACAUCUGAAACGGGACACGCCUCUUGUGCAGAGUCAUGACUUUGAGCUGGUGCCCAAGUCGCUGUGGAAGGCGCUGAAUCGUUGGUACGGCGACAAUCUGCCGCUGCCACGACAGGUGAUACAACCACCCAACUCGGAGGUGGAGCUGGAGCUGUAUCCACUCAAUCUGCGCAUACUGCUGCAUCAAGCGCAGACAGCACCCACAGGCGCUGCUGCUGGUUCGCAGCUGAGUAGCUGGGGCUCCACGACCAGCGGUGGCUAUGGAGUGUUGGCCUCUGGUGGCGGCUAUGCAGCGAUUGCAGCCAGCAGUGUGCUGCAGCCACCCAAGCGUUACUUGGCCUAUACGGCGGCCUUUAGUCGCCUGGCCACGGUGCGUCAGGUGGGCGAGUUUCUGUGCGACCAGCUGCGUCUUAAGCCGGAGGAUAUACGUCUGUGGCAUGUGCCACCAUCGGCGGCCACGCUGGAUAAUAGUGCCAUACUGCUGGAGGAGGAUACCAUGUGCCUGAAGGAGCUGCUCAUACGCGACAACGAUCAGCUGCUGCUCGAGAUACGCAAUAAGGAUUUGACGUGGCCCGAGGAGCUUGGCUCCCUCGCCAGUGCCCAAAGCGUCGGCAGCGGUCCCAACGAUCGUCGUCGCAUGACUCGCACCUCCAUCAUGUCUGUGCAUGCCCCGGGUGCCACAGGGCUGCAUAAUCUCGGGAACACGUGCUUCAUGAAUGCAGCGCUACAAGUGCUCUUCAAUACACAGCCGUUGGCGCAGUAUUUCCACCGUCAAAUGCAUCGCUUUGAACUAAAUGCGGCCAAUAAGUUGGGCACACGCGGUCAACUGGCUAUGCGCUAUGCGGAGCUGCUGAAGGAAGUGUGGACGGCCACCACGCGUUCUGUGGCGCCGCUUAAGCUACGCUUCUGUGUGAACAAACAUGCGCCGCAGUUUGCCGGCGGUGGUCAGCACGAUUCACAAGAGUUGCUGGAGUGGUUGCUGGAUGCGCUGCACGAGGAUCUAAAUCGAGUCAUGGAGAAGCCAUAUAGUGAAUUGAAGGACUCAAAUGGCAGGCCCGAUAAAAUCGUCGCUGCCGAGGCGUGGUCACAGCAUCAUGCGCGCAAUCAAUCCAUUAUAAUAGAUCUGUUCUACGGUCAGCUCAAGUCGAAAGUCAGUUGCCUGAGUUGUGGCCACGAGUCGGUACGCUUCGAUCCCUUCAGCCUGCUCAGUCUGCCGCUGCCCGUAGAGAAUUAUGUGUAUCUGGAAGUUCUUGUAAUUCUAUUGGAUGGCAGCGUGCCCAUCAAGUAUGGACUGCGUCUCAACUCGGAGUGUAAAUACGGCGACUUGAAGCAUAAGCUGUCCACGUUGUGCCAGCUACAACCGAGCUUUAUGCUGGUGUGUGAGCUGUGGAACUCGCAGAUACGUCAGCUGCUGGCCGAUGAGGAUAAGUUGCGCACGCAGAGUGCCAAGGAGCUGUAUGUGUAUCAGUUGCCCGAGCAAAGCAGCACGAGAACACGCUCCAAUUCAGCGCUUAGCAUGCAUAUUGAACAGGGUCUCAAGGAUAUACAGCGUAGUUCAGCAUUGAUUACUGCGCAGGAUUCGCUGUCGUCGCUUAGCACGCUGCAAACAUCGAAUCGCACAUUGUCGUCGCGUGCCAUUUGCAAUGGGCAUCUGGGCGACAGUCAGGAGACGGCCGCAGAUGCGGAUCAGGAACAGUUGGCCAAAUACCAAAGCAACCACAUCAACAGCAGCCAAGCUGGCCAAGUGCACGAACUGCAGCCAGAUGAUGCCGGAAAGGAGUCGCUGAUCCUCAGCUGCAGUCCAGAGAACAAUUUCAUGGACGAUGCGGCAGCACAGCAGAAACGCAUCUCAUCCACAAAGCUGCUGCACACAGAGAGCAACACCAGUUCACCAUCGUAUACGAAUCACUCGGGUGAGAAUUCCAUGGAAAGUUCGCUCACUGAGCCAAUGCCUGUGGCAGAGUUGGCUCUGACGAGUCGUCAUGGCAGUAAUAGUGAUGAGGGCGUGCCCAAUGAGCGCUCCAGUAGCUUGAGUACAGCUCGAGACAGGGAUAUGGACGAUGAUGUAGAUGAUGAUGAUGUUGGAGAUGGAGCUGUUGAAGAGGAAGGCGAAGAGCCUGAGCAGCAUAUAACCACCUCACAGCCGGAGAGCACGAGCGGUAAUCAAACGAGCAGCGGCGUCUACUCACGUCGCUCUUCGCAACCCUACAAGGUGGGCAAGUAUCUGGUCGCCGUACAUCGCAAAAUCACACGGCACGACAGCUACUUUCUGUCCUACCACAAAACGCGACCCAGUUUGUUUGGUGUGCCGUUGCUGAUACCCAACUGCGAUGGCGGCACACACAAGGAUCUGUAUUGCGCCGUCUGGCUGCAAGUGAGCCGAUUGCUGAGUCCAUUGCCAGCGACCACCGAACAGGCAAAUCAUGCUGCUGACUGCGACGACAGUCUGGGCUAUGAUUUCCCUUUUACGCUGCGUGCCGUUAAGGCGGAUGGUCUCACCUGCGCUAUUUGUCCCUGGUCGAGUUUUUGUCGCGGCUGUGAAAUUCGUUGCAACAACGAGUACGUGCUUCAGGGUGCGCUGCCACCCAUCAACUCGACGCCCAACAACGCUGCAACACCAAAAAUGAAUGUGAAAUGCCCAUCGUUACCAAAUCUGGAAGCGAAACGUGCACCGGAGUACACGGCAUCGCUUUCUUAUACGCCAACUACAAAAUAUUUUGAAGACUUCACCAUUGCCAUUGACUGGGAUCCAACUGCGCUGCAUUUACGCUACCAAAGCACCUUGGAACGGCUGUGGGUUGAUCACGAGACUAUUUCCAUUUGCCGGCGAGAGCAAGUGGAACCCGUUGAUCUAAAUCAUUGCCUACGCGCCUUUACCUCCGAGGAGAAACUGGAACAGUGGUAUCACUGCAGCCACUGCAAGGGCAAAAAGCCCGCGACCAAGAAGCUGCAGAUAUGGAAAUUGCCACCCAUUCUGAUUGUGCAUUUGAAGCGUUUCAAUUGCGUUAACGGCAAGUGGGUGAAGUCACAGAAGGUGGUGCACUUUCCGUUCGACGACUUUGAUCCAACGCCUUAUCUGGCCUCGGUGCCGCAAGAAACAAUACUGCGGCACAAAGAGCUGCUCGAGCUGCAAAAAGAUUUGCCAAGCAAUGAAAUUGUUAGCGAACUGGAUGAAGUCGAUGCCGGUGACAAUGUGGUACCCAAUGAUAAGCCAAUGCCAUCAAGCGAAGCACCCGCCAUUGCUGCUACAAAGGAAACGCCGAUAGCUCCUGGCAAUGUGCUGCGCCAGAGCAAAUCAAGUAAUUCGGCCAGACGGCAACGCCUCAUCUCCACCAGCCUCACAAAGACGCCAAUAGUCGAUGGCGAAUUCGAGGACUAUCAUCAGCAUAAGCUCAAAGCGGAUGUUGAUGAGUUCGAUCCCAAGUACAAGCUAUACGCCGUGGUGUCGCACUCGGGCAUGCUGAAUGGCGGUCACUACAUUUCCUAUGCAUCCAACACAACUGGUUCCUGGUAUUGUUACAAUGAUAGCUCCUGUCGCGAGAUAUCUCAUAAGCCAAACAUUGAUCCCAGCGCCGCUUAUUUGCUGUUCUAUGAGCGACAGGGUCUUGACUAUGAGCCAUAUUUGCCUAACAUCGAGGGACGCUCGCUGUCCCAAGAUGCCUCGCUUCAACUGGAUGUGGAUGAGACGGAGGGCGAUCUUAAGAAAAUGUGCACAAUAUCGUAAUACAUAUUGUUGACAUUAUUGUAUUUGUAGUAGCAGCUAAACGGGCUAAACUGGCUCAAGGCUAUGAAGGGCUAUUCAUUCGCUUAAAUCUGUUUAGUUUUCUAAUUAGUUUGUGUGAGUUUAUGUGUGCCUGUGUAUGAGUGUGUGAGAGAGUGUGUGCGUAUGUCUGUGUUUUUGUUAUUUACUAUUAUAAGCUUAUUUGCUGUUCUAGCUGCAUAAGUUGGCCCCACAAUAUUUAACGUUUAGGGUGCAGAUUUUUCUUGAUUUGAUUUUGAUUGUUGUGAGCGCUUGUUUGUGAUUUCGUUUAACUUGUGUACCAUAUUAUAUAAAUAUUAUGCAUAAUUUUUAAAUCGUAUGUAAUAAUUCCAAACUUGGCUCGCAUAUAAUUUGUUUUUGUCAGCUAAAAAUACAUUACCAUUAUUAGCUUAUUUAGUUACAUCGGUUUGGCCAAUGUGUAGAGAGCUUGUUUGUUACAUUUGUUCUAUAUUAAUAUUAUUACAUUUUUUUUUAAUUCGCACUUUAUUUUGUUGUACUUUUGUAAUUUGUAUUAGGCCGUCAGGGCCCCGCUUGUAAUUAAUUACAUUUACUCGUGAAUAUUGUGUAUGUACGCAUAUGCAUACGCGAUAUGUAAAUUCCAUUUAAUUGUAACAAUUGUAAAUAAGAUCGCGUUGCCCAAUUCGCAAUCGAAAUGAAUAUCCAAAUGCCUGUGGACGGCGCCAAAUUGCUCGUCAAAUUGAUAUUAAUUAGCAAUAUAUUUGGAAAGAUGCUACGAAUUUCACAAAUUAGAAGUCCGCACUCUACUCAAAUGGCAUAAUUUAUGAUGAUAUCGGUUCUGAAAUAAUAGUAUUGCGCUUAUAUCGACAUAAUAAUGUCGUAAUGAUUAUUUGAUAUUUACAAAUUACGAUUAUACAUAAUAUGUAGACAAACGAGUAUAUACACAUACAAAACUUAACUAAUUUAUACUUAAUAUACAUACAUCCAAAACAUAUGCAUGAUAAUUUAACAACAAAUGUUACAAGUAUCAAAUAAAAAAGUCUGUCGCUUGAA